CCAGCCGCCACUGCUCCCUGAUCUGUGCUGUGCUCGAAUGUCAAGCCGCAUGACUUGCACUGCUACACAUAUAUCACUGCGAGCAUGGAACCCGCCGCGCCCGAGUCCAAACGCCCUCGCCUGACGAGCACCUCGUCGUCGUCAUGGUCGACGCUGCCGCAGCCAAACCCUCCGCCUCAUCACCCUUCUCAUGCCUCACAUCCUCCCCCAUACCACGCGCCGCACCCCUUCACGCGUCCGGCAGAGCCCCCGGCGCCUCUAGCUCACCACGACGAACGUCGCCAUCAUGAGCCCGAAGCCUACCCGCCAAUGCAGGAUCACCAGCGGCACCAUCCUCCGCCUUCGCCAGCGCAGCAGGCGCACUACCACUAUCCCAUGCGCGAGCCCAUGGUGAAGCGAGAUCCAAACGAAGAAGCUCCGCUGCCCCAGCUGCGACGUCCCAACUCGACGGGCCACCCCAUCGACAGCCACCCUCCGACACCUCAUGCGCCUCAUCAUCGACCUGUGCAGCCGCCGCCCGAACCACCUCGCCAGAUGAGUUAUGACAACGGCCAGUCCAUGGCGCAAUCGCCAACGACCUUCAGACCUCCCCCAGCUCCAUAUUCGGUCCCCCAGACACCAGUGCCUCAUCACAACCCGUACGAUGGGGGUCCAUACGGCCAUGGGGGUCACCCAAGCCAUGCACCGCCGCCGAUGACAUACCACACGCCACUCGAGAUUGCCCAAGCCGCAAGUACCAAACGGAAGGCGACGAGAGCAUCUCAGGCUUGUGACUCGUGUCGUCAGCUCAAGGCCAAGUGUGAUGAGUCGAAACCUUGCAAGACUUGCAGGGAACGUAACAUCCCAUGCGUGUUCCGCGAUCCACAACCCAAGCAAUCCGAUAAAGCCAGUGCUGACAUACUGGAUGUCCUGAAUGGCUUGAGAGAUGAUCUUAUGCAGAGAUUCGGCAAGAUUGAUAACCGCCUGGGUCGACUGGAGAGUGCCAUCCACGCAGGCCACCAGAAUGGCGCUGCGGACUUCAAGAUGGAGUCGAUUGAGGUUGAAGAUUAUCAAGAUGAUGCAGGCCCGCACGACCACCCGUCACCCGAUGACCAAGGUGCCGAGGACGAAUAUGCGGCAAAGAAUGGUGUCAUGGAUCCGGACACGGCAGAGAAAACGAUCCGGAUCUGGGAACACAAUGACAGCGACGAAAAGCCGGGGCCUCCGGUCGCGGGCAAGACGAAGCUGCCCGCAAACCACACUACCUCGGCAGGACUGCUGUUGAAGUGGAAGUCGAUACACCGGCUGGUCGCUCCCCAUCUCGCUGCAGAACACAUUGGCUAUGUCGAAGAGUUCCCGAUUCGACAGGAAAAGGCUCGCGGCUUGCUGCGCGUGUGUGGGGCGGGAGAAGGCUCUGGGGGGGAACAUGCCCCAGCAGAUCACACGGACCCACGAGCAGACAACAUCAUGACCGAUUUCCAGGAUGAUAGCUCGGAGGCACAGUCGCCAGCACCCAACUCAGAAGUCUGGGGCCAGACUGGAGGGCUUUCCCCGGCCCCAGGCAUGACGUUCAGAGGCGGCGUCAUUGGCACGGACGGGAACCCGGACUUUUCGCAUUCGACUGUGUGGAAAUAUGUCAACAGCUUCAAGGAGAACAUCCUGAACAUGCACCCAGUCAUGAUCCUGGAGGAGCUGGAUGCGCUGGUUGUGCUUUUUCUCAAGGAGAUCCCCCAGCAUUCGCAGCAGUCAAGCGUGCGAUCCAGCAGCAACCCCAAAUUCGUAAGCCAGCCAACAUCUGCCGCAGCAUCACUGCCCGAGGCUGUCGGUGCCAAGAGGAAACGCUCACCUGGCGGCGAUGAUCCGCUACCAUCCUUCAACAUCUUUAAACCCGGCCAUCCUUUCCGUAGCAUAACAAGCGCCAUCGUUCUGCUUGUUUGUGCGCUUGGCAAGAUUUGCCUCCACAAGCAAAGGAUUCCUGACAUUGUCACGGAGCAAGGUGAGGCCCAGCCACAUCGGUCGCCCUCCAUGCGAAAUGGUGGCGCCAUGUCUCCGAUCCACGGCUCUCCGCCUGGGUUCGUCUCGCACUCUCAGUCUUCUGGAUUGCCUUCGCCACAAGACCCAUACGACCGUGGCAUGCCCAGUCGCCGUACUUCUAUGCAGGGCACCGGGACAGGGGUGCGUCCGACACCCAUCAAGCGAAACUACGACGUUAUUCCUGGACUCGAGUACUUCGCACUAGCGACGGACAUUCUGGGCAGCCAUCUAGGCGGGAUCAGUCUCAAGCAUGUUUAUGCUUGGGUCCUUGCUGGUCUGUAUCAUGGGCAACUCGCGAGGGCUGUGGAAAGCUGGGCAUACAUAAAACAGGGCUGCACUGUUCUGCAGGAGGUCAUGAGGACGAGCAUAUACCGUUUCCAUGAGAUUAAGAUGAGCGAUGGAUAUGUGCCUCAGGAGUCCAAGAGGGACAACCAGGUACUCCUGGCGUACUGGACCUGCUUGCAGCUAGAAAGUGACAUCCUUGCGGAGCUGCCACUGUCCCAGAGUCCCAUUCUGCAGCACGAAGACAACAUGCCUUAUCCGAACACGACCUUUGUGACAACCCAUGGCUACAAUCCCGAAGUUUGCGGUAGCUAUUUCGCCCAGCUUCAUCUCCGGCGUCAGCUCAAUGAGAUCCACAGCCACUUGUAUAAUCCGGACAAGAUACAUCGACCCUCGUCCCCGGAGACGAUCGACGAAGGCAUUCAUGGUCUCCAAACCCAACUGAAGACAUCCCGCGAUAUCUGGGUUCCUGCAGCUUUCAGAUGGAAUGAUAAUGAGCCGCCUGCUAGCGAUAUCCUCUCUGCUCGCCUGCGUGCAAAGUACUGGGGAUCGCAGGUCAUUAUCUACCGCCCCUUCGUACGACAUCUGCUCGAGAAGGAGCCUAUCCCAUAUGGCGCUUAUAAGGAUCCUCGACUUCCCCCCCCAGAAAGCUUCCAUGACUUGGCAAUCAAUAUUGGCGACAAGUCGGUUCCUGAGGGGGUCGACCCCCGCACGCUUAACUAUGCCCGGCUCGGCAUCGAGGCGUUGAUUCAGAGCACCAGUGCAUUCCAUGGCAUGCCGCGCAAGCAGCGCAUUAUUGUAACCAACAUUUUUGGUACUGCCCACGCUCAAUGGGGCAACCUCCUCACCCUAGCCGCCUGCUACACCGACCCACUUCUUACGAGAUUUGUUGAUUCCGAAGUGCUGUCUGGGCUGUUCAGGCGGACAAUUGAGUUCUUUGACGUCAUCGCGCACCGUUCAAGCCCCUUGAGGUCGGAGCGCAACAUCCUAUACGGGCUGGCGAGUGAUCUAAGGCUGCUGCGCGAGGAUCCACACACCGGCUCAAGUUUUUCCAGUAUGACUAGCGGCACGACGCCGGUGGCUACCUCGGCGGCGAGCCAUCCUCCUACAAGUCAUCCUGGAGACAUGUACCCACCCACGGGAUCAUCAAUCUUUGCGUCCCAUCACGCACACUCUUCUCGGCCGUGAGAAGUCACGGCGCCGCCCUCAGCGGUCACGUUCUCCUUGCGCUUGUCCCAAACCUAUCGGCAUUAUGAUUCUGGGGCUCUGAUCCCAUGAGCCCUGCAUUGGAGAGGUUACGAUGCUCCUUUCUCGUACUCAUUUUCUUCCCACUCUUGCAUAGCUCGGUGUUCUCCUUUACAACAAUUUCUAAAGUCCCUUCUGAGGGCUCUGCAACGCAUUACACAUCACGGCGGAUAU